AUGAAACAUUUAUUGGAGAAAUGUGUCGCGGAGGAACAAUCGGAUUUUAUUGAAGGAAGAUCGAUUCUCGAUAAUGCUAUGAUUGGUUUUGAGGUAAUCCAUACCCUCAAAAGACAGACGCGAGGAAAUAGAUCGAAUUUGGCUCUCAAAAUAGACAUCAGCAAAGCAUAUGACAAGGUGGACUGGGGUUUCUUAAGAGGUGUGCUAUCCCGAUUGGGUUUUGAAGAGAGAUGGAUUCAUUGGAUUAUGAUGUGCGUUACCUCGGUACACUAUACUGUUCUUGUAAAUUCGGAUCAAGCAGGACCAAUUGAACCAGGAAGAGGACUUAGACAGGGAGAUCCACUGUCUCCUUAUUCAAUUAUCCUUGUAACUGAAGGACUUUCCAAACUCAUGACAACAUCGGUAGCACGUGGUGAUGUCCAUGGGAUACAAAUCUGUAGAGGGGCACCUACAGUGUCCCAUCUACUUUUUGCUGACGAUUGUUUUCUAUUUUGCAGGGCAAAUUUAACUGAAGUGAGAAAUAUUAUGAAGGUGAUUCAGACUUAUGCGGAGGCUUCAGGACAGGAGAUUAAUCUGACUAAAUUGGAGGUGUUUUUCAGUAGGAACUUAUCCAAACCAGCUCAGGAGGAUCUUGCUGGUAUUCUGGGAGUGUGCCAUGUGUUUGGAACAGGGAAAUAUCUUGGGUUACCAUCUAUGAUUGGUAGAAGUAAGAAGGCUACUUUCUCUUAUAUUAAGGAUCGAAUCUGGAAUAGGAUUAACUCUUGGAAAGGAAGAUCUCUCUCUAAAGCGGGUAAAGAAAUUAUGAUCAAAUCCGUUCUUCAGGCUAUUCCAUCAUACAUUAUGACUCUUUUCAUUAUACCAGCAUCGGUUAUCCAGGAUAUUGAAAGGAUGUUGAAUGCGUUUUGGUGGGGUGGUGGUAAAGAGGGCGCAGGAAUUCGUUGGAUGGCGUGGGAUAGAUUAGCGUGUCCUAAGGAGUAUGGAGGAUUAGGAUUCCGAGAUUUUAAUGCUUUUAACAUGGCUAUGGUGGCAAAACAAGGUUGGUCCUUAACUUCGAAUCCAGAUGCACUUGUUUCUCGAAUUUUCAAAGCAAGAUACUUCCCUAAUAACUCCUUCUUUGAUUCUUCUCUUGGUUAUAAUCUGAGUUUUAUUUGGAGGAGUAUUUGGAAAUCCCGCGAGGUUCUAACACUAGGGUGCAGGUGGAGUAUCGGUGAUGGUAGUAUUAUUAAAAUCAUGCAGGAACCUUGGAUUCGGGGAAGUAGUGAAGAAGUUGUUAGAGAUCUUUUUGACGCGGCGGAUUCGGAAAAAAUUCUCAAAGUCCCGUUGUUGGAAGAGGUUAGACAGGACAUGUUGAUUUGGAAGGAAGAGCAAUAUGGUAUCUAUAGUGUGAAAAUUGGCUACAAUCUUUGGUAUCAAGCUGUUAAAAGUAAUAAGGAGGUGGGAGGGUCGGAGAAUUGGGGCAGUAUUUGGAAUAUCAAGGCGCCACCGAGAGUAAAGCACCUUCUUUGGAGAAUUUGUGUGGGUUGCCUCCCUACUCGUUUUCAGGACAUUAAGUCGCUUCUUCUUGAUAUUUGCUCGAAGGAAGACAAGGAAGUUUCAGGCAGACUUGCGGUUAUGAUAUAUGUUAUUUGGAAGAACAGAAAUGACUAUGUCUGGCAGAAUGAGAAAGAAGACGCGACAACCUUGGGAGUAAAAGCGAUCCAGAUAUGGAAUGACUGGGGGUGGUGUGUGCGUAACCACCUUGGAAACUUUAUCUACGCAGGUACUUCAUUGGAUCCCGGAACUCUUCCCGUCUUUGAAGCCGAAGCUUUGCCUCUUAAAGAAGCUAUUCUUGGAGCUAUUUCCUCGCAUUUGGAGUUUGUGAGUUUCGAGAGUGAUUCCCAAAUAGUGACACAAGCUAUCCAUUCCAAUAGGAAGAGUGAUUCCGAGUUUUAUCUUAUUAUUGAGUCCAUUCGUAGUUUAUUGCUUUCCUUUCCAAACUUUGAGGUGAAGUUUGUCAAACGUCAAGCGAAUUCGGUUGCUCACUCUCUUGCGAGGGCGGCCAAUUCUUGGGCUCGACGUAGUAUGUUAGUUUCGAUUUCUCAUUGUAUUGAACACAUUUUGAUUAAUGAAUUACAUUGA